AUUUUCAUUUUAAUUCUUAGGCGGCCUGGAGGAGAUAGGAUAUAUAAUGUCUUUGACAAUCAGCUUCCUGCUGCUUUACGGAAGCUUCCAUUUGAUCGGCAUCUUUCUCUCCAGAAUGUAAGAAAAGUGGUGUCAGAGGCUGAUGGUUAUCAGCCUCACUUGAUUGCCCCAGAGCAAGGUUACAGGCGCCUGAUUGAGGGGGCUCUUGGUUACUUUAGAGGCCCAGCUGAAGCUUCAGUAGAUGCUGUUAAUUUCGUUUUAAAAGAACUCGUGAGGAAGUCAAUAGCUGAAACUCAGGAGCUGAAGCGCUUCCCAACAUUUCAAGCUGAACUAGCUGCAGCAGCAAAUGAAGCUUUAGAAAGGUUUCGUGAAGAGAGUAAGAAGACAACUCUUCGGCUUGUAGACAUGGAAUCUUCUUAUCUCACUGUGGAUUUCUUUCGGAGACUUCCUCAAGAAGUGGAGAAAUCUGGUACUCCUGCUGCUGCCACAAACAUUGAUCGAUAUGCCGAAGGACAUUUCAGGAGAAUUGCAUCUAAUGUGUCAUCCUAUAUAGGGUUGGUGGCUGAUACUCUUAGAAAUACAAUUCCAAAGGCUGUUGUUUAUUGUCAGGUCAGGCAAGCAAAACAGUCAUUGCUACACCAUUUCUACACACAAAUAGGGAAGAAAGAGGUACAUUCUCUAGGCUCUUACUUUCUCUCAGUUUAUCUCUUAAGAAAGUGCACAUUUUUCCUUAAUGGAUAGUGAUAACAACUUUGG